AUGGCAUGCAAACCUUUCUGGCAGCAACCCAAAUUAUAUAUCUUCAGGAUGCUCCACUUAGCAGAUAGCUCUGGACAGACAGAAGGUUUCUCUCAAUGUGUAACACACUGCAGUUUUCCACAAUGGUGGCAUCAAGCCUUUUAUAACUUCUUCACCUUCAGCUGCCUCUUCAUCAUCCCUCUUCUCAUCACAUUAAUCUGCAAUGCAAAAAUCAUCUUCACCCUGACACGAGUCCUUCAUCAGGACCCCCACGAGUUACAACUGAAUCAAUCCAAGAAUAAUAUACCAAGAGCUCGGCUGAGGACCCUCAAGAUGACAGUUGCAUUUGCCACUUCAUUUACUGUCUGCUGGACCCCCUACUAUGUCCUAGGAAUUUGGUACUGGUUUGAUCCUGAAAUGUUAAACAGGGUGUCAGAUCCAGUAAAUCACUUCUUUUUUCUUUUUGCUUUUUUAAAUCCAUGCUUUGAUCCCCUUAUCUAUGGAUAUUUCUCUUUGUAAUUGAUAGACCAUGUAGGAAGUCAUAUAAAGAGGAGCAAGGUAGUGAAUUUCAUCAAAUGGGAAUAAUAAACACAAAGGUCACAGCACAUUUACAUAUAAACAAGGCAGAGUUUAAGUUUAUAUUAACAUCUUCUUUUCAAAAUCACUCCAAUGCAAAUUGAAAAAAUACAAACACAAAGAUAAAGAAAAUUCAAGAAAAAUAAUAAAAUAUUCCCUCAUAAUCAUAAACUUCUGAAUUAAUGUCUGCCCUUUCUGGACUCCUAUAACACAUUACAUAGGUUUCUUAUCACUUUCUCCUUGUCUAUUAAUAUUUAAAUGUUUAAAACAGCCAUGGCCCUAAGGCAAAGAGAUUCCAAAAAGUAAGGCUGAGAAACCACAACACAGCCUUAAGCUAGGCAUACCUUUGAGAGUUUUUUCUCCAAGGGGCUUAGCAGCAAUUAUAUCUUAUGCUACAACAAUAUCUAAAGCACAGAGAGAGUA